ACACUGGAAAACGUAACCUAUAUUAAUAGCAGAACGUUUUUAUUGUAAACGAGCCAUCACAUUUAAAUGGUCUAGGGAAUUUCCGUCAGCCAUACCCGUGUCGGUAACUUGACCCUGUCGAUGUCUCCCUAGGUUGCUCCUAUCCCGAUUCGAUCGUCCCCAACCCUCAGUCUCAUAGACAAUCUUGUCGGCGAAAUAGUCUACGGUUGUUUCGGGACAGCAAUUCUCCGAAAUCACAAGGCGAUUGUGGUUCACAGCCAUAUUUUCCAAUGCAGUAGUUUUGAAAUUCUCCAAUUCCCAGAAACUCCACAGCUCCUUCAUCACGAAUCACGAUCAAUAGGCAUCAUUCUCUGAACAAUUUCCUAGGCUGACGUUCCGAAGCAGUUGACAAAACAUGUCAGGAGAUAUAAAUAUGUUCGCCGAAAAGCCCAAUGAAUUCGGUGAGCAGAAUGAUAAUAAAGGCGAGGAGGACGGCAAAUCACCCAAUGACCUGCAUGUGCAGGAGUCUGCAACUGUUUAUGGAGGCUGCGAGGGUCCUGAUGCCAUGUAUGUGAAACUGGUGAGCAGCGACGGACAUGAAUUCAUUGUCAAGAGGGAACAUGCGCUCACCAGUGGGACUAUCAAGGCUAUGCUUAGUGGGCCUGGGCAGUUUGCUGAGAACGAGGCAAAUGAAGUCAAUUUCAGGGAGAUUCCAUCUCACGUGCUCCAGAAGGUGUGCAUGUACUUCACCUACAAAGUUCGUUACACCAACAGCAGCACUGAAAUCCCAGAGUUCCCCAUAGCCCCUGAGAUCGCUCUGGAGUUACUGAUGGCUGGCAACUUCCUAGACUGUUAGAAAAUUCAAAGAACCUACCACUAAGCAACAAAAAUGAACAUGAACAUUGGAAAAAUCUCAAAACUCGAGUUUGUGAUUGAGAAAAUGUGGAGCUUACUGUCAAAAUGCGGAGGCCACGAAUUUUUUCGUCUGUAUAUAUUUUUCUCCUUUCCUUUUUUUCCAUUAAGUGCUGAUUGCAUCAGUGAUCGGAAGUUUUUUUUUAUGAUUUUCUCACGACGAGGGAUUAAUUCGCAGAAGACCUCAAAUUCUGAUCAGGGCAUUGAUGAAACAAUUCAUCUCGUGUGCGAUUUCAUUUCAUUGCGUUAUUAUAUUUUGUUUAGCAAUCACCAACACUGAGAAGUAAGAAAAUGAAACUGAAAAUCCGAUUUGAUAAAAAUAGAAAAAAGUUCAAAUGACUUCAUGCAAGUUCAAAUACAUAAAAGAUUGCAAAUAAAAUUUUGAAAAAUUAAAAAAAAUAUUGAGAAUCUUUUGUUUUCUCUACAUACCCCAUUCACCUGAAUAAAACCCCUUAGGGUUCAAUUUAUCAUGAAAAAUCAAAUCUAUAUCCAGCAUAAUUUUUCUAAAUCUUUACAUUUAAACUUUUUUUGCAGUUUUUGAGGAAUAACCAAAACUGAAAUGAUCUUCAUCCCUAUCUUUUUGUUUACAGAAAAGUGAAUCAUGUCCAUAAUAAUUCAUAUAA